AUGUCCUGUAUUAUAUAAUUAACCAAUAGAGCAAAGCGAUCCUUGUCAUAGAGUAUAUUUCAAUUUAAUAAGACCCUGCUCGAUAGUUACCUCAUAAAAUUAUAUUGCCUAAACUAUUUGUGGAGAGAGAAAGAGCAAUAUCCCUUGAUAGAUCUACCCAAAACAAGAAGCCGAUUUCGAACUCACCUAAACCUUUUACACAUUCUCCUAAAAUAAUUGCUAAGUCAGCUUAAACAGAUUUUAAUCAUUUGAAAUUGUCAUAGUGCUCCAAAUAAUCUGUUAUUUUAGAAGGCAAACAAUUUAAAAAUACGAUAAGUAGAAAACUCAAAUAAUUACCCAUAAAUUCCAAUGACUUUUGUUACGCUGGUUUUGAAACUAGUGAUACAGAAUUUGAUGAUUUUUCUUUAGAAGCAUAUCUUAAAAGAUAAUGA